AUCUUGAACCAAGAAUUCACGGGACUCCUUUGAAAUUAUUGCUUUGACAUUCAUCUUUUUUUUUUUCCCAAACCAAACUAACUUCUUUUUUCUUCUCAACAUGACUAUUCCAAAAGUUUCAUGCAACUUUCACAGGCUACUUCUGCAAAAAAAAGGACUCCAUUUUUAUGGCUAUUCUUCUUUCAAUUUUUAUAACCAUGAAAUCUUUUCUACCUCAUCUUCAUCAUUUUUUCCUUUUCCAUAGCUCUUUCUUGUAAUUUUUACUCUUCAAUGUUCUUGAAAUUUCUCUUUCCUUAAUCAUGCAAAGCUUAUUCCUUUCUUGUUUUUUAACGUCAACUUUCCUAAAACCUUCUGUCUUUAUUUAGGUUAAGGCAAAAAAACGUUGUCAGCGCACUAGCUAAAGACUUCCAGUCUAUUUAACAAUGAAAGACUGAUUCUUGAUCUUCGAGCACGGUUGAAAAACUUUAUAGGUGUAAUGGCUUAAUGAUUUGUUUUUAAUGAUAGAUUAAUGAAUUUAAGUUUACCCUUUGGAACCCAUGUUUCUAAAUCAGUUCAUGCAUUUCUUGAAAUCAAAUCACACAUUCAGAAGAAAAAACACCUUCUGAAAGUGUGUUUUGAUACUUUUUGUCUUCGAUUCUUAGAGUGCCAAUAUUAGGGUUUUCUAGUACCCUGUUGUGUUACUGCUUGUUACUAUCGUUACUGCUUUCUUCCAUUUGUUUUUCUCCAGUUCUUACAUUGUUGGUAUCGUUUUCUUGGCCUUCUUGUUGUUAUUUACUCGUUUCUAUGCUUCCUCUCGAGCCGAAGAUCAUUCGGAAACAAUCUCUUUGCCCUCCAGGCUAGAUGUAAGGUCUGCGUACACAUUACCUCUCCAAACCCCACUUGUGAGAUCCCGUUGGGUUGUUGUUUAAAGGGGUUUUGUCAAUUUUAUUUUUCCCAAAUGGCUACUUGUUUUAACCCCUUUAGGCUUAGGAGGUCAAAGAGUAAACCAAUAGAAAUGCCUUCAUCUUCAUCAAGAAAUCAAUGGAAUUCAUCUGAUAUAGAAACAAUGGACAAGAAAAGAUUUGAUAGUUUAGAAUCAUGGUCAAUGAUAUUAGAAUCUGAUAAUGUUGAAACAUGGGAAGUUUCUAAAGAGGAUCAAGAAGAAUGGACAGCUGAAUUGUCUCAGCUAUUUAUAGGUAAUAAGUUUGCUUCAGGGGCACAUAGCAGGAUUUAUAGAGGAAUUUAUAAGCAGAGAGCAGUUGCUGUUAAAAUGGUUAGGAUUCCAACUCAUAAGGAGGAAACAAGAGCUAAACUUGAACAGCAGUUUAAGUCUGAAGUUCGUUUGCUCUCUCGAUUAUAUCAUCCCAAUAUAGUUCAGUUCAUUGCUGCUUGUAAAAAGCCUCCUGUAUACUGCAUUAUUAUGGAAUACAUGUCACAAGGAACAUUGAGAAUGUAUCUAAACAAGAAAGAGCCUUAUUCACUUUCAAUCGAAACAAUUCUGAGGUUAGCUCUCGAUAUAUCGCGAGGGAUGGCGUAUCUGCAUUCACAGGGAGUUAUCCAUAGAGACCUUAAAUCAAGUAAUUUACUUCUGAACGACGAAAUGCGUGUCAAGGUUGCUGAUUUUGGGACAUCAUGUCUUGAAACACAGUGUCGAGAAGCUAAAGGAAAUAUGGGAACGUAUCGUUGGAUGGCACCAGAGAUGAUUAAGGAAAAACCUUAUACGCGCAAAGUUGAUGUGUAUAGCUUUGGAAUUGUGCUUUGGGAGCUAACAACAGCUCUGUUGCCAUUUCAAGGAAUGACGCCCGUGCAAGCUGCAUUUGCUGUUGCUGAGAAGAAUGAACGACCACCUUUGCCCGCGAGUUGUCAACCAGCACUCGCGCAUCUCAUAAAACGCUGCUGGGCAGCGAACCCUUCAAAGAGGCCAGACUUCACAGACAUUGUAUCUGCAUUAGAGAAAUACGACGAAUGUGUCAAAGAAGGGCUUCCAUUGACACUCCAUUCAAGACUUGUGAGUCGAAACGCCAUUCUUGAACGAUUGAAAGGCUGUGUAUCAAUGAAUUCAUCUAUACCUGUACAUGUCUGAUCUGACUCUUUUUAUAACCAACAAUAAACAUUGUCACUGUAUUA